GAGCACGGCCUGACCGCAAAGAGAGAUGCGCCUAACAGUCAAGAGCAGCGGCUCAACACGUCAGCAUCACUGCAAGACGACAGGAGCCCGGCCGCUCCGGACAGUCAGGAGUUAACACCCCGACAUUUCAAACGCGAGCGGCUCUUCUCUGCGGAAUUUGGGCGGGAGCCUCGACAACCAAUAGAGAGGCUCCGGCGAACCUUCUGUGCAAAGCCGCUGACGCGAUUGGUUGUCUUUCGACACGCGCCUCACAGAAUGCCGAAGUCCAAAGAGAUCGUUACCAGCAGCUCUGGAAGCAGCAGCAGUUCAGACAGUGAAGAAAACGAGAAGGUGCAGGAGGAGGAAGAGGAGGAGAGGAAGAGGAAGGCGCCGGCGGCUCAGCCGCCGGCUGUGAAGAAGAGGAAGAGCGGGGAGAGCAGCUCGCGGUCGAACCCUGCCCCCCCGAGACAAGGGAAGGAGGAGGACAUGUUCCAGAUCGGUAAGCUGAGAUACGUGCGGGUGUCCAGGUUCAGGGCGAAAGUCCUGAUUGAUCUCCGGGAGUUCUACUCGGAUAACGAAGGGAACACCAAGCCAGGGAGGAAAGGCAUCGCGUUGAACCUGGAGCAGUGGACCCAACUCAAAACGCUGGUCCCCGAGAUCGACGCUGCCAUAUUCAAAUAUUAAAGCAAUGUGUUUGUUUUGCGUUUUAAUUUUUUUUUUUUUUUUGUUAAGCUCCCACACGAGCAGGUUUUUUUUUUUUUUUGUUUCCUCUCCAGGUGUUACAUACCCUCCACGAUCACUGAUGCGUGCAAAGCAAGUCCUUUAUGAACCCUUCUGUAAAUAGGGAAGUGUGAUGCUCAGGUUCUCUGUGUUACUCAAAUAAAGAAGUGAAACCCC